GGGACCCUGGGUGAGAGGGUAAAUGAUGAAAACUGACAAUCCAGCAGGUCGUUCUCAGCUGUAAAAACAACAGGGCCAAUAACAGACCCCUAGAGCAGAGCAAUCUAAUUGGUCUUUUUCUGAAUUUAUACUGUUAGUCUAUUUGUUGGAAAUGCAUUGGAAGUACUGCCCAAAGCAAAAACAGAUGGAUCUUUGUGGGCUGAUGGAGAUACUAUGGAGGAUUCAAAACUCAAGCAUCAAACUUCUACACUCAGCUCUGGUGGUGGUUACUGAUCUCACAGCUGGAGUACUUGGUCAUUUGUUAUUCAGACAGCAUUUUCAUUUCCUUCUUUCUGUGAUAGUGUUGUUUGGACCUGUUCUGAGUCUCUGGGUCUCCAAGUACAGCAUAUUUGGCAACAGGAACCACUACCUGUACAGGGUAUUCCUGCAUUCAUGCUGGGGCUGGACCUGUGUAUUUUGUGGCUCCUUCGUCUUUCUUCUGUCAUACUGCAUCAGUAACUCCCUAAUUCAAUCUAUUCGUCAUCUCUCUCGGCUUGCUGUGGCUGGCAUUCUCUGGUCUCUGUUACGCAGUGUACUCUCCUUUCUAGUGGAUGCCUCAGGAAGCUGCUUUGAGACACUCCAUACCACCACAAAAGUCCAUGGGAACCCCAUGCAGCUCCUAGAGUCAGAAACAGUCAUUAGAGGCCCUUUGUUGCUACUCAGACAGGAAAAGGGCAAAGCAGCCUGCCUUAAAGCAGGGCUACAGUGGCAGGGAUGUGAGGUAUCUGAUGAUAUCUUGAUUCUGUGCUUGUGUUGUUUGAUUCUUGCAGAGGAAAUUGGUGUUUUCAAACCAUGCUUGGCUCUAGGGAAGCCUCUAGGGUUGCCACUGAGGAUACUGUUCCUGCUGUGUGUGUUGUUGUUAAGUCUCUGGAUUUUCCUGAUUCUCUGCUUGCUGGCACACUUUCCAGAGUUCCCCUCCCAGCUGGUUGGGGGAGCUCUAGGGUAUCUGGGGUGGAAGGGACUUUCUAUGGGCUGGUACACUUUGAAGCCAGACUGGUGCUGCCAGUGUCUUGGAAGACCAGGAGCUUUGUAUGUGUACACCACAUGUAAUAUCCAUCAAAUGGGCACAAAAUCUUAAUUUCAGAUACUU